AUGGCGGCUGCAAAGACGGAAUUGGCAAUGGAGUUAAAUGAUGUUGUCUGCUUUGAGCGCCUGUGCGCCGACCGGGAGUGGCGGAACACACUCGGGAAGGUGAUUGGUUUCCCCACGUCAACACAUGUACGUGUGGAACUCUUUGAGCGCGCGGAGCAGACCAACCACUCCGUGUCUAUCGUGGAUGAAAAACUGCAGGAGAUGGCCACAGACACCGGCAAGUUGGCCGUGUGGGAGGAAAAGCUGGAGUUGGACCACCAGCUCCAGCAGGCGGUGGAGGAGGAAGACAAGGCAUCAGAGAAACUUUUCAAGUUGCGGGAUACCACGCAGCAACGACAGUCAAAGGCGUCAGCCCGCGUACGCGAGACGAUGGAGGCGCUCGAUGAGGCUCGUAAAGCCAUGACCCGUGUCCCACCACGUCAGUGGCGUGACGUGCGAGCUCCGGGUCGUCCGACGGAGUCUCUCGUGUCCAUCUGCCGUGCCGUCAUGCUGGCGCUGCAGGAGGACCGCGUCAAGAGCUGGGAUGGGAUGCAGGCCGUUAUGCGACAACAAAACUUCACGGAGCGACUGAUGCACCUGGACUGCACCGUCACACCACUGCCACUCGCACGUAGGAAGAAGAUUGUGGCGGAACUCGGCGUGUUUCGACGCGAAUUACACGGCGGCAACAGCGGCGGAGAAAUUGGGCGCCGCGAACCCUCAAAACUGAAUCGUCAGCCUUCCGCCGCGCAUGCGACCCAAAUUGAGAUGGCUAUGCGAGAUUGGUUACUGGCCCAGGUCGCCUGUUCGGAGGCACGUGAGGCGGAGGAGCACGUUGUGGAUGAUUCCUUUUUGGAGUAUCAGGAACAAACCAAUCUUGUGCGUGAGGUUAAUAGCAUGCGUGAAAACAUCUCCACGCUCAAAGAAAAAAUUCUGGAGAAGAAGCUUGCCAUCUGCGGCGACACACCACUUGCCGCACUACUAAUAAAGGAUGCCGAAGCCUCCAAGGACACCAUGUUCUUCAAGUGCAUGUCGAAUGGUCGUCAUGUCACGGAGAUGCUUUUGCGCAGCAGCGUGUUGGUUGUCUUUGGGGCCAAAAUGGAAGAACAGCUGGAGGAUGACGAGAAUGCCUUAUUUUUGUCUCUUACUCCGGAAGAGGUUAUGCAGCUACGGGAUGCCGCGCGAGCAGCAAACGAAGUGCACGACCUGGAGGAGAUUGAGGCUCUGUACGCUUUGAGCGUGCGUGAGGAGGAAGAGAUGCAGGAGUUGAAGACACGCAUGGAGGAGUUACGCCAUAAGGAGAACUUCACUGAGGACGACGAGGAGGAGAUGCGACAGCUCGAUGCCGCUCUCACUGAUGUGGUGCGGCGCCAUGAGACGACGCAGUGGCGUAUUCGCCACCUCCGGGCUUUAGGCCGCGACAAACGCUUCCUGAAGGUCCGUGAUGUGCAGGAUGAUAUGGUGUACUCGGAGCUGAACCUCGCCUUUUCGGGUGACAAGUGGGGAGUACUUCUUGCGAAUACAGAGUAUCUCAUGAUGGUGGAGACGGCCCUUUGCAACGAUCUCUCUUAUGCCCUUGGGCUGCCACCUGGGAACAUGAGUAACUUCCGUUUUGCCAUUAAGUCGCUCUUGGUGAAACUCACCGUAAAGCACAGCAGGGACGUGACGGCCGAGCAGCUGCAGGCUCUUGCCAAUGAGUCGGAAUUCUUAGGACUCCGCGGUUUAUACGAACGUAUCACGUUCAGAAAGUCAUACCCGCUCAACACGCCGUCGCAGCGGCUGGAGUACGAAGAGGUGUUGCGUAUGCAGCGUAUUAAGGAGAACUUUGCAGGGGCGGGACUGCCGGAGAAACUGGAGGACUUUGCCGAUGACAGUGAAGGUGAAACCGACGAUGAGAACUACCGACGCCCAGUCGUGGAGAUUGCAACGGUGCGCUACGAGUACGGUCUUGAGGCGCGAUACGGCUACCCGACUCUGGCACACGUGGGUGUCCCUGCCGGGUUUGAGGCUUUGUUCGAAGAGGGUAGGACACAACUGAGGGCAGCCAUGUAUCCAGAAGAGGAGGAGGAAGCGGCAGAGGCGGUGGAGGAUGCGGCCGUCGAGGAUGCAGAAGAGAAGCUGGACAUUGUCGAGAAGGAGCCCACGGCGGAAGAGCCUUUGAGAAACACGGAGGCCGAAGCAACCGCAGUGGAGGCUGAGGAUGUGCACGCCGUUCAUACCGAUCACGUCGAUGCCGCUGACCAUUUCGAGCACGCCGAACACGCUGACCAUGCCGAGCACGCCGAACACAGUGAGCACGCCGAACACGCUGACCAUGCCGAGCACACCGAACACACUGAGCACGCAGAACACACCGAACACAGUGAGCAUGUCGAUUCUGUCGGGAGCGCCGAAGGUUUCUUGGAACCCAAGGAGACGCUAGAAGCGCCGAAGGAUGGAGAAAAGAGGGAUCCGGACAGCCAGGACAAAGAGACACACGAGCUGUAG